AUGUGUGACGUCACGCGGGACACCCCGGUUCGGAAGCUCCGGUUCUCCACACUGAGAGCUUUAUCUGACCUGCUGGACCCGCAGGACACCUGGAGGAGCGUCAUGAUGGACAUCAGCAAACCCUCCGGAGAGCCCAGAUACACACAGCUGCACAUCAGGAGGUUUGAAGCAGCGGUUCUCCAGGGAAAGAGUCCCACGAUGGAGAUGCUGUUCGACUGGGGAACCACAAACUGUACUGUUGGAGAUCUGGUGGAGAUUCUGAUCCGACACCAGCUGUUCGCCGCCGUCAGUGUCCUGCUGCCAGACGACGAGAUCUGCCGCACUAAAGCAGGCUCAUCCGGGGUGUCCGUCUGCGCACCGCGGCGUGAAGAAGAGCUUCGUCCGUCUGCGGCCUGCAUGCAGGGAUGCGUCCGUCCCGAGGUCACUAAACCCGUUCAGCAGGAGACGCGUGUGAUGGAGCCUGACAGCAGCACCGGACCGGAGGAAAACUCAUGGAGCAGCUCUGAAGGUUUCCACACGUUCUCUCACCGUGAGCUGACGGCCAUCACGGGGGACUGGGACGAUCGGCCCGUGUCGGACGGAGGCUGUCGGCUGGGCGCCGGCGGGUUCGGUGUCGUGUUCAGAGGCUGGAUGGGAGACACAUAUGUAGCUGUGAAAAAGCUCAAUCCUAUGGACGACGGAUCACCUGAAGACCUCAAGACUCAGUUUAACCAAGAGAUUCAAACUCUCAGGAGUCUGAAACAUGAGAAUCUGGUGAAGAUGGUGGGUUUUUCCAGCGAUGGGCAGCAUCUGUGUUUGGUGUACGCGUUCAUGCCCAACGGAUCUCUGCUGGACCGGCUGGCGUGUUCGGAUGGCAGUUCUCCUCUCUCGUGGCCGAGCAGAUGUUCGAUCAGCGCAGGAACCGCUCGAGGUCUGCAGUACCUGCACCAGAACAACCACAUCCAUAGAGACGUCAAGAGCGGGAACAUCUUGUUGGACGAAGGCUUCGUUGCGAAGAUCUCCGACUUCGGUUUGACGCGAGCUUCAUCCAAACAGUCGUGCUCGACAGUCAUGACGGGGAGGAUUGUGGGAACUACGGCAUACAUGGCGCAGGAGGCCCUGAGAGGAGAGAUCACUCCUAAAUCAGACAUCUUCAGCUUCGGUGUGGUGUUGCUGGAGAUUUUGUCUGGUCUUCCUCCGGUGGAUGAAAGCCGUGAUCCCAAACUACUGAUGGAGAUGAAGGAUGAGAUCGAUGAUGACGAGGUCUCUCUGGAGGAGUUCAUUGAUAGUAAGAUGGAGGGAUGGCAGAUGGAGGAGGUGGAGAGGAUGUAUGACCUGGCAUCUCAGUGUCUCUGUGAGAAGAAAAACAAAAGACCCCCAAUCACACAGGUUCUCUCUGAGCUGGAAGAUCUUCAUCACAAACAUUCCCAGAGCUCCGGAUGAGCCAUUCAGGACAAAUGGAAAUGAUCUACUGUAUGUAGAGCUGAACAUAUUGAACCCAGUCUAUUCCUCUAUUCAUGUUCUGAACGGAAGGAGUAAAUCCAAACUGACCUUCUUCUCCACCUCCAUCUGGAGUUUGUUCUCCACCAUCUCCAGCAGUGGAUUCUUACAGCUGGAGUACAGCAUCCGCUCACGGAUCCCACAGCUGUAUCCCGGCAUGGAGUAAAUGAACACUGACACAAACCAGAGCAGAAGAAGGAAAUCAUGUCAUUUCACUGAUGGUCAAACAUGAGUCUACAGCAGUGGCCAAAACAGAUGUCCGGCCUCGGAAAACUGACUUUAUUCAAAUAUGAUUAAAAAUGCAUUAAAAAUACAUUAAAAUGCAUUAAAGAUAACGCAAUGAUACAUGCCAAAUUAAAGUAUUAAUAACUGA